AUGACCGACAAUACAGUAACAACAAAACUUCUCACUCUUCUUAAUGUAUCUGCCACGAAGAUUGGAAAAAGAAAGCGCUUCGAAGACGAAUUUGUACCAGCCGAAAAACUAAAUAAACGCAAGGCGUCUAUAUCUUUCGCUCAGCCCAAGGCAAUGGAAAAGGUGGUUGAGGCGGCCAAAGAAAUUGUCGAGGCUUCCAAAGAUGUAGAGAUGCAGGAGACUGUAGAAGAGGCCGAUGACAACACGGUAGAUGAUGGUUACGAGAAGCAUUUUGGUCUUGCCCCGUCAUGUUUAUCCGAGUCGUCAAGAUCUGCGGUGGAAAACCAGGCAUGGUCAACUUUGAGAGAGAAAAAUGGCAAAUUAGGCUCGGCAAUAGUGUCAAUACCUGCUCAUUCAGAAGCAAGUACUUCAAGUUGCACUUCUGAAAUUGAUAUUUUGGAGAGUCUGAAAGCUCCUUUCUUGACUAGACAAGCGAAACAAGCAAAGAAUCAAGGGGAAUUGCAGCAUGACAUCCUAUCUACAUUAUCUACCCGGAAGGAUUUAUAUAUCACCGCUACUCCACUUGAAACCAAGCGGUGCACAAGAGAAGCCAUCGCCCUACAUGCGUUAAACCAUGUAUCAAAAAAGCGUCGACGUGUCCUCAAGAACAACGAACGUCUAACACGCGCAGCAAAAGCCAACCCAGACGCCCCACCCCUCGAAGACGUCCAAGACCAAGGAUUUACCCGCCCUAGCGUGCUCAUCCUUCUCCCCUUCCGCUCCUCCGCCCUCGACUGGUUCCGAGCCAUCACAUCGCAUACUCCACCCCCUACGUUCCAAGUUGAAAACCAGUCUCGCUUCCUGUCUGAAUACGGCCUCCCAGAGGGCGCUAUCGACAAGCUCGUCACUGCUGAGCCCGGUACAUAUCCUCCUGACCACGUCGACACGUUCAAGGGCAACGUCGAUGAUAACUUCCGUGUUGGUAUUAAAUUGACGAGGAAAACGAUCAAGAUGUUUGCAGAUUUCUAUGGCUGCGAUAUCAUAAUUGCUAGCCCUCUUGGCCUCCGCCGUUCGAUUGAGAAAGAACACAAUGCGGACUAUCUGACGUCUAUCGAGGUCCUUGUGAUCGACCAGAUGGAUGCUCUUACGAUGCAAAAUUGGGAACACGUUAAAUUCGUCAUGAACCACAUAAACAAACUUCCCAAAGAAUCGCAUGAUACUGAUUUUUCACGCAUCAAGCCAUGGUACCUCGACGGUUUUGCACCUUACCUCCGCCAGUCAAUUCUACUGUCGGCUUAUGAAACGGCAGAAACCAGAUCAUUGUACAAUAACACUCUCAAAAAUGUCGAAGGCAAGAUUAGGACAGAGAAGCAUUGGCCACCCAUUGAAGUGCCAGCCGGUAUCGACCAGAACUUUGUGCAUUUCGAUUGUGUUAGCCCAGUAGAUGAGCCUGAAAAACGAUUCCAAUAUUUCACGACACAGCUGCUAUCGUCUGUACUCAAAUCCGCUGUACAAAGCACGAACACCAUCGUCUUCAUACCUUCCUCAUUCGAUUUCAUCCGCGUCCAAAACUACUUCAGAAAACACUCUGGCGUGUCAUUCACCGUCCUGUCCGAAUACUCGACAAACCAAGACAUCUCCCGUGCUCGCCAAGCCUUCUUCUCUGGCGACAAGUCCUUCCUGCUCAUGAGUGAGAGGUUCCACUUCUACAAGCGCUACAAGAUUCGCGGCAGCCGUAACAUCCUUUUCUACGGGCCACCCGACCACCCACAGUAUUUCACCGAGCUGCUUUCGUUCCCCUUCCUUGACGAUGGUGUGGAGCCAUCAGAUGUGACAUGUCGUGUGCUGUUCUCGAAGUAUGACAGGUUUAGGCUGGAGAGAAUUGUCGGCACAGAGGCAGCGAUUGAGCUUAUUAAGUCGUCAUAG